AUGCAGUCGCGCGGCGGGCACCUCAGCAGUCUUCGGCGCGAGAUUACUGAAGCACAGGUGGAAUGGGAGAACGUCGACCUCGGGCACCAGCACUGUUCGGGGUCGCGCGCAUCGGGCCGUUCAACUUCGUCCCGCGGUAGCCGCGGGUCGGCUCGGGCCGCGGGCGAGUUGGAUGACGAGCGCGACGGCUCGGACGCUAGCGCGUUUGAGAUUGUUGCGAGACCUGAGUCUUAUAUACCACCUGGCACUCGUAUCAGUCGGCGAAUCAACUCCGAAUGUCAACUGCUCUUUCUCCCACCCGAGAUGCUCAUGAUGAUAUUCAAGCGGCUCUGCCUCAUCACAGAUCCUCGCGGGACCUUCGUAACCACAAUACACGUUAGUCGCUACUGGCGCGCCGUCAUUCUUAAACCGCUAGACGUGUGGCGCUCAAUGCACGGCAUGCCUCCACCUCGUGCCCAAAUCGAGGAUAUCCUGGAACGUGCUCACCAUUCCGAUUUGGAUUCUACGGCGGGCGAGCUUUCAGAAAGCAAUGCCGUUACUCUCGAACGCGUCCGCAUUUCCCGGUCCUUCAAGACUCUGGUCUACGGAAACGCAUGGCUCGCAGCACUCUCGGGUCCCAGCGAGCCUUGGAACAACCUUCGAGAGCUCAAGUUCGCUUGCCGCAUGGACAAGGAAGACGCGCGCGGCAAGCCAGCGAUCUUUACCCUCAGCGCCGCCAUGUUCCCAAAAUUGAGGCACCUUGCCUGGUCCGGGCGGCCUCUGUAUCUUCCAUCCAGUCUUUCAAGCGCGGCCAUCUUCUGCUACACGUUCAAGGACCUGUGCGACUUCGUGGCCAAGCUUCCGGAACAGCUACAAGUGCUUCACGCCGAUUGCAGGCUUGAAGACCGCGGACGAGGAGAACACGCCUUCCUCGCAAGUGGUGCUGCAACCUCUCUCUCGGAGAGAUAUAGUUGA